AGAGCAGUGGGAUUGAUGCUAGUCUCUCGUUUUGAUUGCGAGCUCUUGUGUUAAUCGCAGUCGUCACUCGUCAGACGGACGCAGGCCACCGCGAGUUAAACCUUUUUUACCCUCCAUUGUAACUAUUAUCGGACGAAAGGAGUCGAGAACGGGCUGGAAUUAAAACAGCUUCGCUCAACCUAACACAACAAUGAAUGCACUCGUCGUGUCACUUUUUAAGGGACCGAUCAACUUCGCCUUCAAAACUGCACUUUGGGGAAGAUCAAACUUAUUUUAGGUUUUGAGACGACCGGCCCGCGACCUUCACGCCGCUCACUAUCGCGACGUUUUACGGGAUACGCGUUUUUUUUCCUUUUUUUUUUUGGAGUGCCAAAGUCACUUGGCCUUUUCUUUGAAUGCGUUGCAAAUAUGAUGAUGUCACCGACGCCACUUUUUCCUGAAGUUAUGGCGGAGCACAACUUUCCCAACUUCUCUUGACCGUUGAAAGCACUAGGCUUUACUGAUGGAGCACCUCCAUGGAGCAUGGAAGACCCUGAGCAAUGGCUUUGGAAUGAAGGACAAUGCCUUCGAGGGCCCGUGCCUUUCGCCGACUAGGGUCGAGGGAUUUCCCUGCCAGCGUCGCUCCUCGGAUGACAGCAAGUUACCCGACUCGAAGACGAGCAGCACCAUCCGCGUCUACCUCCCAAACCAGCAGCGCACUGUGGUAAACGUACGGCCGGGUAUGACUUUGCAGAGCUGCCUGAUUAAAGCCUUAAAGGUGCGAGGCCUGCAGCCUCAGUGUUGUGCUGUUUUCAGAUUACACCCUGGGCAGAGGAGUAGAAAACUACGAAUGGACUGGAAUACAGACUCAACCUCCCUGAUUGGCGAAGAGUUGUUGGUGGAAGUUUUGGAUCAUGUUCCUCUGACCACACAUAAUUUUGUCCGGAAAACCUAUCUGAAGUUAGCAUACUGUGACAUUUGCCAGAAGUUCCUUUUGAACGCUUUCCGUUGCCAAACGUGUGGCUACAAGUUCCACGAGCACUGCAGCACCAAAGUACCCACAAUGUGCGUGGACUGGAGCAAUAUCCGACAACUCCUUUUGUGCCCAACACCCGGUGAGAGUGGUGCCCCUUCACUUCCCUCGUUGACAUCUCGGCGAAUGAGGGAAUCAUUAACUCGCUUUCCAAGCUCUGCCCACCGAUAUUCAACGCCACAUGCCUUCAACUAUGCCACGCCCUACCCGCCCACAGGCGGCGGCCUUUCCCAGAGGCAGCGCUCCACUUCUACGCCAAACGUCAACUUAGUUAGCACAACCCUGCCUAUAGACGGCAGUACGUUUGAGCUAGACUGCCUGAAUACCUUCCCUACCUCCUGGUGCCAUAGAUUCUGGCUGAAGAGGAAAGUAGGUAUUGUCCACUUCGCCCAGUCUUUUGUUGAGACCUCAUCUGAGAGUCCAGAAAAGGAUGCAAUGCGAAAUCACGACUCGGCUGGGAGUUCCCCCGCCCAGAGUCCUACUGGCUGGUCCCAGUCCCAAGCCAAAAGCCCUGCCCCAGCCCAGCGAGAGCGGGCCACUUCCUUCAACACUCAGGAGAAGAUUAAAAUUAGGCCUCGGGAGAAGCGCGAUUCCAGUUACUACUGGGAGAUUGAAGCCAGUGAGGUGUAUCUUCAGUCCCGCAUUGGUUCAGGCUCCUUUGGAACUGUAUACAAAGGGAAAUGGCAUGGUGAUGUAGCAGUGAAGAUUUUAAAGGUGACCAACCCUACUCCAGAGCAGUUGCAGGCAUUUAAAAAUGAAGUCGCUGUCCUAAGAAAAACCAGACAUGUCAACAUCCUGUUGUUUAUGGGCUACAUGACAAAGGACAACCUGGCCAUUGUGGCCCAGUGGUGCGAGGGCAGCAGCCUCUACAAACACAUUCAUGUCCUGGAGACCAACUUCAAGAUGAUCCAGCUUAUAGACAUCUCCAGGCAGACGGCUCAGGGCAUGGACUAUCUACAUGCAAAGAACAUCAUUCAUCGUGACAUGAAGUCCAACAACAUCUUUUUGCAUGAAGGGCUGACUGUAAAAAUUGGCGACUUCGGUCUUGCAACGGUAAAGGCCAGGUGGAGUGGCUCGCAUCAGGUGGAGCAACCUUCCGGGUCGAUUCUCUGGAUGGCUCCCGAAGUCAUACGAAUGCAGGAUAACAAUCCAUACAGCUUCCAAUCAGACGUCUAUUCCUAUGGAAUUGUUCUUUUCGAGCUUAUGACAGGAGAGCUCCCAUAUGCCCAGACAGCAAACAGAGAUCAGAUUAUCUUCAUGGUGGGACGGGGCUAUCUGUCACCUGACCUUAGUAAACUCUACAAGAACUGUCCCAAAGCAAUGAAAAGGUUGGUCGCUGACUGCAUCAAGAAGUCCAAAGAUGAGAGGCCGCUCUUCCCGCAGAUCCUGUCCUCUAUCGAGCUUCUUCAGCACGCCUUGCCUAAGAUAAACCACAGUGCCUCAGAACCGUCCCUGCACAGAGCCACCCACACCGAGGAUAUCAAUGCUUGUACUCUGACCUCCACCAGACUGUCUGUUUUUUAGAGCAAUAGACAGUUCUGCCCCCAUCUACCGUCCCAACAAUGUCCAUAGUUGUCGAAUCCGGCAGUACAAUCCUCACUACACCCUAACCCGCAGCAUAUACUUUAAAACCAUUAAUCAGUAUAAGGAAAGACAAGCAGAGGGAGCCAACAGCAAUAGCGACACAGUAGGAUUUACAAAUAAAAAGGGUGACGGCAGAGUCUACCCUUUUGCUGCACAUUACAAAUAUGCAGGUGCCUUUUUGUAUAUACAUGCACGAACAUCAUGCAUGGACAUUGAAGGAAACUCAAGAGCAUUGCACCGUCUUAGCUUGGAUGUAAAGCAACUGUUUUGUCGCCUGAUUAUUAUUUUUUUUUUUAAGAGGACCUUUAAAAAACUCAGCUGCUUAAGGAGGAAACCCACAAAUAUAUAUUUUUGCAUUGUCUUAAAAGACAAUGGAUUGGAUAUGGUAAAUGUUUUCUUUUUUUUUUGUCUUGUACAUCUGUACAUUUUGUUUUCAAGUGACAACUGAAGCCUGUCGAACGAUGAGCAAGGGUAACCGUGGAAGAUGAUGACUUUGCACAUUUUGGCAAAAGCAGUAGUUUACUUUGUCAUUCUCCACAACAGUAUCUGAGAUGUCCAAACGUUUUGAGCACUCGCUGUAACGAGCUGGACGAUUUAGGUAGUUGUUUAGAAUAUUGAAAGUGAUUUGGAAUAAUUGUCAUGUCUCAUUCAGCAGGUUUUAAUGUCAGCUCGGUGAGAAAGUUGUCUUCACUAUUUUAAUAAAAUUAAGUUAAAUUCUA